AGAAGGCAACGCCAUGCCUGUUAGCGGGCAAGAAGGGCGAUCAGCUCCAGAUGGCAGGGAGGUGGAGGCAGGAGAAGACGGCAAAGCGGAAAGGCAGCAUGACUCAGCGGUGUCUUCCAUCCUCUCCUGUGAGAAGGGCUGCGUCUGCGUCUGCCACCAGGAACGGCCUAAUAUGAGGUUGGUGUGGGUUCCCGUAAAUAAGACGGAGGAAGAGCAGAGGGAAGAGAGUGAGGAGGAGAAUAAAGAGAGACACGAGGGAGACAAAUCAGGGGGGCAGAAGAAGAUAAAGAGCGUGUCCUCAAGGGAAAAGCUGAGAAACGACAUGGUCCAGGAUGAAAAGAAUAAGAUACAGCAAGGAUCGGACAUGACUACCAUCCAUGAAGACCAUCAGCACUCCAUGGAAUCCCCCCAGAAUCCCACAUGCAACAAAUCGUCCCAGGCUGUGACGACCUCCUACCACGUACAGCCCCAGCCGACCCUCCACAACAGUGCCGAAAAGAGGAUGUCUUCCCACCAGCCAGUCAAACCCCCACAGCUUGCACAGAGCACAGGCCCCAGCUGCAACCUCAUUUCCAAAGUCAAAGACGAAGGGGGGAAUGUUUUGAUUGACUGUGAGAAAGUGGACCUGGACGAAGAGGAGCGGCCUCCUGUACCACACACUCGGAAAAAAUCCACAGACUUGGAAAUUCGGCUGCAAGACGAGCCUCUGUAUCAGGCCUACCGGGACACGGUCAUCACCAAAGAGAUCCAGCGUCAGGCGGUCUGUCACGACAUCCGUAAGGCAAGUGUGGACCCCCACGUGGAGAGGGAUGGAGCCCCCAGGGAUGGAGUGAGGAUGAGAGCAGAAAGCAAGGCCACAAACACCCCUGCUCAAAGCACCCUGUGGCAGGAUCUGACAAUGGUCAGGGAAAGUGGGAUCCUGGGGAAACUGAGUCCUACCGAGUGCCAGAGGCAGGAGAGCAUGUUUGAGGUGCUGACGUCGGAGGCUUCAUAUCUACGCUCCUUGCGGGUGCUGACAGAUCACUUCCUGGAGUCUCGUGACCUGGAUGAGACGCUCAUCAUUCGGGACAAGAAGACCCUCUUCUCCAACAUCCUCCGUGUGCGUGAGGUCAGCGAGAGGUUUCUGAAGGACCUGGAGCAGCGUGUUGAUGAGAGCCCCUUUAUCUCCGACAUCUGUGACAUCAUCCACUACCACGCCCAGCACAACUUCUCCGUCUACAUCGACUACAUCCGCAACCAGAUCUACCAGGAGAAAACCUACAACUGCCUCAUGCAGAAGAAUGUGCAGUUUGCCACAGUGAUAUCCCGGCUGCAGGACUCGGAGCUGUGCCAGCGUCUGCCCUUCAUGUCCUUCCUGCUGCUGCCCUUCCAGAGAAUCACACGCAUCAAGAUGCUCAUCGAGAACAUCCUGAAGAGAACCCAGGAAGGGACCAAUGAGGAGCACACUGCCUCCAAAGCCCUGGGGUCUGUAUCUCAGAUCAUCCAGGAGUGCAAUACGCAGGUGGGGAAGAUGAAGCAGAUGGAGGAGCUCAUACACAUCGCUCAGAUGCUGGAGUUCCAGAAGCUCAAGGCCAUUCCCGUCAUCUCUCAGACCCGCUUCCUGGAGAAGCGUGGGGAGCUGCUUGAGCUGACCAAAGGAGGAACCCUCUUCAGCCCCCGCCACAAAAUGACUCCCAUCUACCUCUUCCUCUUCAACGACCUCCUCAUCUUCACAUGCAAGAAGAGUUCAGAGCGCUACAUCGUGACCGACCACGCGCACCGGUCGCUGGUCCAUGUGCGGGCCGUUGGGCAGGACAAGCGGGGUACUUGGUCUGAUCGUUGCUUCAGCCUGAUCCAGCUGGAAAACCACCAGGGCUGCACCUAUGAGCGUCUGCUCAAGGCCCCCACACAGUCAGAUAUGCACAGGUGGAUGGCGGCGUUUCCCAACCUCAUAGACCAAGAGAGAGACAAAGAGGAGGUGGUGUAUGAAGACUGGGACUGCCCACAGGUGCAGUGUGUGGAUCAGUAUGUCGCACAGCAGUCUGACGAGCUUGACCUCGAGCCUACUGAUAUCAUCAACGUUGUACGCAAGACCAAUGAGGGCUGGUACGAGGGAGUCCGCCUCUCAGACGGACAGAAGGGCUGGUUCCCAGCGGACAAAGUGCAGGAGAUCACCAACGAGCACGUGCGGAGGCGCAAUCUCCGCGAACAGUACCGGAUCAUCCGGGCGGCGGCGCAGAUCGUCCCUGAAGAACCCGGCCAGGCCUCAGGACUACUUUACCAGAACACGUGAUUCAGUAAGGGGAGCAGAGGACGGUCAGCUGGGGUGCAACAGAUGAAAUCAGACAUGCAUCUUCAGAAGCCUUGCUGAAGAAUUUGGAUUAAUUUAGCCAAAUCACACAUAAAAGUAAUUAAUACAAAACAUUCUCUCAGUGUUUCCGAGAUGGUUUUAGAAUGUCAUUAUGAAGCUGCUGUGUUAUCAAAGUAUGAAUGUGGAUGUGUGCAAGG